UCACUCAUAUCUGUGUGCAAUAGGGAUGUUACCUUCCCAGAGUGAGCGGUCGACCAACAGAACCGACUCCUUGAUAGCCGAGGCGGGAUACAACUGCAUAAAGGCAAAUAUGAUCCAUGCUUUUUCUGUCUGUCUCUCGCUCUCUGUCUCCCUCUUCGCUCACCUCGUUAUUGAUGAAUUGGUCGUCGGUGGUGUCUUUGAGCGGCAGGUCAACCACCAGCAGCGGGGCGGACAGAAACGCAUUCAGCUGGAGCAUACACACAUACGCACAUACACACGUACACACCUGGAUGCCAUACUACCUCCAGCCGCCGUGUGCGAGGUGUACCUCGAUGUUGGUGUUGGGUGGUGUGAGUGGCUGCUGCUUCUCAAGCCACACAUCCAGCGGCCCCACAGGCAGGCCCAGGAUAGAGAAGGCCGACAACCCACUCUCACCUGCCGCACCUGCAUACAAGGAUGCACAUCCGCCCAUCCCUCCAAUGGCGCUAUAAGGGCCCAAUGGCGCUAUAAGGGCCCAAUGGCGCUAUAAGAGCAUUCGCAUGCGGACCAGUGAUUGUGAUUCUGAAUAUGGAUGCGACGCAUGCCGAGUGCAUGAAGCCCGCCGACACCUGCACGCACUUGUGGGCCUUGAGAACCGACACACACCGAGGCUCGAAGCACGUGCGCGAGUCGCCGUGGCCCUAAACCAUGCACGCACAACACAACACAGACACAUCGAUUCGUGAAGUCACAUGUGAUGUGUAUGGCAUGGCGGAUGUGAUGUGUGUGCUCACCAGUCUGCCCCACUGGCCAGACCCCCACGCCCACACGGAGCCGUGUGAGUCGAGAGCCAACGUGUGGGCACCACCACCAGACACGUCAACAAACUACGCACACACACACACACACGCUCUCUGUCUUGCAGAUGUCUGUCUCCUUUCCCCUCAUUCAUUCAUUUGUGUGACAUAGCUACCUACCUCUACGUCCUUGACUUCAGGCCCCCUGAUAGUUGUGAAUCGGUCCAGCACCAUAGAGGCCGUCCUGGCGGUGUGUGGCUCGAGGUGCAUCAUCCUGUACCCCUUGUACAUCUGCCCGUGGCCGCACUGACCCUCCGUCGCGUCACCGGCUGUCACCAGCCGGCCCUCCUCGCUCAACGCACACGUCGAGAACGAGUUGCACACCACACGCCGGACCUUCACCUGGGAUGACCAUAAGGACGACACUACUGCGGGGGUCGCCACAUAAGAAUAUAGACCUGCACAGAGAGAGAUGGCAGAGUGUUUUCCCGCAGGUGCUUGUUGUGUUGUGUGUGCGUACCGCCUGUGGUGGGGUCGAAGGCCCAUUUGCGCGGGUCUGAUGGGUAUCUGCCUUUGUCGUCGGCGAGGCCCAGCUGGCCCAUGUCUGCGGCCCCCCAAGUGAACAGCUGGCCCUUCUCCGACACACACGCGCUAUGACGCACCCUGAUGAAUGAAUGGAUGAUACAGAGAGCCGUCACCAGAGCACUGUGGUUAGCGCGGUAGGUGUCUUGUCUCUGCUGACCCGACUGCAAUGUCUGCAAGCCUGACGUGCUGGAGUGCCUCCACCAACACGGGCUGCGGCCUGUCGUCCAAAUCACCGGUGCCUGUGGGGAUGAUGAAUCCAACACACACGACAUGAAUGAAUGAACGGUGCGGUGGCCUCAUUCAACCCAGCCCACAAAGUGGAGACUUACCGAGUAUGCCGGCGAAUCCCCUGCCGCAGCUGAAGAGCCGCCCCUGGUCGGUGAGGAACAAACUGUGGGACUGAUUUGUCGCAACCUGAACCCAAAGCGCACAGCACACAGACAGACAGACAGACACACCUGCAUACACACCCGCGAGCCAAGGCAAUGCAUAGAGACCACCUUUGCGACGGUAUAUCCCUCCAGCCCCAGCAGCGGUGUGGGUCUAUGCUGUGUGUGUGGCUCGAGGUGCAGCCCCAGCUGCAGCCGCUCGUUGCGGCCGAACACCCAGGUGGCCCGACGCAGACGAGUGAGACACGACACGAAGUGCAGAGACGCGUGGGUCUCCGUUAACCAUACAAGGAAAUCAGACUAACAGAAACAAUCACAUGGAUGUGAGUGAGUUCAUGAGUGGAGAAGUGCCUCGACCGACCAGCGUGAGUGCCCCGGGUAUGUCAGCGAAGAAAUCGCCGGCAAGUGUCUCCAACUGCAGCACCGGGGGGGAGGGGGGCAGACCCUGGACCAUCCUAUGCAGGCCGGUCGUCGUCGCCUUCAAGAAGAUGAUGAACUCAUCCUGCCGCAAAACAUCGAAAGACAGACAGACAGACAGACAGAGAGAGAGAGAGAGGCAUAAGCACACCCCCAGCCGCCCUGGCUCACCUUUCUGAUACAGUUGGUGUCAUCAAGAUCGAAGAGGUGGAACAGCCGACGAAUCUUAGCAAAAACAGGCACUUUGCGGCUCACACACGUCACAGCUGCACACAGAAGUCACGGCCAUCGACGCACCACAACAUGCCCAUCAACGAUGAUAUUCAUCAUCCAUCUGUCCACCCACCGGCGACGAAUUCGAGCCCGUCGACCAUUUUCGAGGCCCUGUCUUUGGAGAACUCUUCGAACCAAGUGCCGAUGCUCUCCAAGUGGGCCUCGGGCAAAUGCAGUAUCUUGGUGAACUUGGACCUGCACACACGCAAACCAUCACAUGCAUCAUCCACUGUCGGUUGAGAGUGUGUGCACAUGAUGCGUGUGUGUGUGUACUUGUCGAGUGCGAAGUUGAGGGCCACGUCUUUGAGCCGCUUGGCGACCUUCUCCAGCUCAUCCUCAGUGUCUGCAUCAACAACACACGCAGCCCCUCAUGUGUAUGAGCCCUCCGGCUGUCAGCCCUCCCAGGACUCACACAGUUGUGCGAGCACUGCAAACUCGGCCUUGAUGCGUGUCUUGUGGAUCCAAGACGGAUCAGACUGCGCCUGACCCAUUGUUCGAGGGAGGGGAGGGAAG